UUCUUAUAUAUCCUCCCACUUUGAUCUCUCUCUCUCUCUCUCUCUCUCUCUGGAUCUCUCCACCCAAACAAACACCACACAUCACCAGCCACCACACCAACCAUGGAGAACCAAGACAACAACAACAGAAGCCUCUCCUUCAUCAACACACCUACCCCCAUCAAUGCCGGUUUCCUGGAGAGGGGAAGGCGGAUCAAGAUGGCGGCCGAGAUGGGCCUCGUUGAGUCCUCCAGCGGCCGCCAUUGGAGUCGCGCCCUCCGCGGCCGCCUCCUCCGAAGGAAAGGGAACAGUGCAUGCGGCUGCCAGGAAGAAGGCUCAACUCCUCCUAAGAAGGUGGCUGAAGACUUGGUUGGAGAAGACGGAGACGAAGAGGUAAUGGAGAUAGAGAGAAGGGUGAGAGCUCUUCAAAAGCUAGUCCCGGGCGGGGAGGACUUGCCCAUGGACCAGCUCUUCGAGGAGACGGCAGACUACAUCGAGGCGCUCCAGGGGCAGGUGAAUGUGAUGAGAGCGCUUGCCAGCUUGCUUGAUGGGUUGGAGAAGGAGAAGAGGUUGAUGGGACGGUGAUGAGGGGUCGUUCUUCUUGGGUUCUUUCUUUCCCUUGCAGUCUUUGUAAGUAACCUCCUUAUAUAUAAUCAUAAUGUGAGAGAGGAAGGGGGAAAUUAUUAGUAGCAAGUAAUUCUUCUUCUUCUUCUUUAAUUCCUUUUCUUUGCUUUCUUUUCUUUUCUUUUUGCUUCUUUUCUAUAUAUUGUUUAGUUUUGGUACUCCAAAUUUUCACUUUGAUAUAUAUAUAUAUAUAAGAGCCAGCUUCAAAUUAA